UGAAUCUGUGAAUCAGAGUGUUAAUUUCCGGAGCGAUCAGACAUGGCUGGAGCUGCGGCGGCGAUCUCUCAGCUGCGGUGCUACUCCGCCGUUCAUCGCAGCCUACACCUCCAUAGGCGCUCGCUUCCAUGCCCUUCCCUUCGCUUCUCCAACUCCAAGUUAUCAGUUGUUAUGAGUCUGGAGAGGCAUGGCACAGGAACUUCUGGUUCUGAAACCAAAAAUACACUAAGUUAUGCAGCUGAUGCAUCAAAAUUGCAUGUCGAAGAAAAGCAGAAGUCAUAUUUAACAAAAGAAGAUCAUGAUGCUGAAAAAAUAGGGUCUGGAGAGUCAAUUCAGGAAGGUGGCAGCCAACAGAAAAGGACUGCAAAAAUUCAUGAUUUUUGUUUAGGCAUUCCCUUUGGUGGAUUUGUUUUAACUGGAGGGAUUAUUGGAUUCCUUUUUUCACGGAGUCCUGCAACACUGAGCAGUGGUGUGCUCUUUGGUGGGGCUUUACUAUUCCUCAGCACCCUUAGCUUGAAGGUCUGGAGGCAAGGAAAAUCGAGUUUACCAUUUAUUCUAGGACAAGCAGCAUUGUCAGGGAUCCUUAUCUGGAAGAACUUUCAGAGCUAUUCAUUGGCAAAGAAAAUAUUUCCAACUGGCUUCAGUGCUAUUCUUAGCUCUGCAAUGCUCUGCUUUUAUUUGUAUGUGCUUAUCUCUGGAGGAAACCCCCCACCAAAGAAAUUGAAGCAAUCUGCCAGCAAUGAAUGAUGAGAUAAUCAAGGUUAUGUUAGCAGUUAGCCUAUAGAACAUGGGAAAUAUAAUUUAUUGUUUUUCUGUGAAUUGAAGUAAGGUUGUAAGCUAAUUUGGCCAAGUCACUUUUGAAAAUAGGUCAACAAAGAGGUGCCAGUGUGAUUAUUGCAUUCCCAGGCAUUUAGUGGACUAUAUAUCAAUAAUAUGAAAUUUGAUGGAAAAGCUGAUUUGCUUGUUGCAGCUACAUAGUUUCGAUACUGACUACAUGGCACAUGCAUUUAGAUUUCGGGUUGAAAUUUGGUGCAAGAACACAUGCAUUUACAUUCCUUUCAAAGUCCCUUCCUGAGGUCCAA